AUGCCGUACUUGCAAGUGAGUGCCCAUCUUCAGAAAACUGAACGUAGCUCAUGUCUUAGGGUUCGCAAAGUUAAAUGUGACGAAAGCUUCCCGGUUUGCCAGAGAUGUCUCUCUACAGGUCGUGUCUGCGACGGGUAUGGCGUCUGGGGAGGUGGUGGGAACGACUAUGGACGUCGCCCAUCGCCCAAAAGCCCGCCAGCUACUCCAAACUAUCCUCCGCUCGCAUGCAUAUCAACAUGUGCUGCUAACACAGAUGAGAAAGCCUCUUUUGACUGGUUCAGGCGUCGAACCAUGGUCAAGAUACCAGGAUCGUAUCUCUCGGACUUUUGGACUACGAUUCUUCUACAAGCUAGCCAGAGUGACCAGGCAGUUUGGCAUUCUAUCCUAGCUCUUAGUACCACUCACCAAAGUGGCUUUGUACAGAAUUUCCCCAGCCAAAGAAGCACGCAAGAGCAGUCUACUUUACGCCACCUGAUUAGGGCUGUCCGCCACCUUGGGCCUCAUUUCUCUGUCCGGGACAAGGCCUCUUGCCGAGUCAUACUCAUCGUCUGCCUCGUGUUCGUGGUUCUAGAUCUGCUUCGCGGACACUUCGCAUCGGCACAAGUCCAUUUGCGCAAUGGGCUGAACAUCCUGGCACAAACACAGUCUUCAUCAAUCGGCGCCGCCGACCCCGACUCGGACUGUUCUCCAACGUCAUCGUAUGCAUAUGAGCCCAUCGAUGUCUCAAUAGGCGAAGCCUUCUUCCGUCUACACAUCCAAUUAGAGCUCCUGCAGCAUCAACAUUGCCCACGACCAUGCAUCCUUCCCCUUUUCCUUCAACCGUCUAUACACGACCCCUUUCUCCCAAUCCAAUUCCCCUCCUACACAGCCGCCUGGCACGGCCUAGACCAUCUAAUGAACCUAGCCUUCGACCUCUCCGCACAAGCCCGAGAUCACGCAGCCAAAGCCGGUGUCAAAGCUACACCGACUGACACACUCCUUGCCCAACAAAGGCGCCUCAACUCAGGCCUCGACAGCUGGCUAAUCAGCUACAACUCCUCCAUCGAGAGUCUUCAACUGGCAAUAUCCGACUCUAUUGCCCAGGCCAAGACCAAAGUUCACCACCUCGUCUCGUGCUAUCAUACCAUGCUCACAAUUAUGGCUGAGACUGCGUUGUCGCCGAACGAGACUGUCUUUGAUGGCUAUACGCAUCAGUUCGAGCAGAUGCUUGUGCAUCUUGCGGAUUUGUGGACUAUCAGUUACAUUGACCUAAACUUCCCCUCGCCAUCAUCCUCAACGCCUUCCCCCUCCAACUCCAAUACCCAUUCGACCACAAGCACAACAAACAUGACAAGCUCAACCGCUCUCCCAGCAACAGAAAAGAAACGCUGGAUAGGCGGCUGCGACAUGUCCCACACAAUAAUCGACGUCGGCUGGAUGAUUCCACUCUUCUACACGGCGAUAAAAUGCCGUGUACGGCGUAUCCGACGGCGCGCAAUCCAACUGAUUGAGUCGUCGAACCACCGCGAGGGGAUCUGGGACGCUAAGAUCACGGCGUGCAUUGCGCGACGGGUUGUUGCGUUUGAGGAAGGAGAUUUUUAUGAUGUUCUAGAUAUUGACUCUGGGCGUCUCCGGACGGAGAAAUCGGGGUCGCGGUUGGCUUCUCGUGGUGAAGGCAAUGCUGAUGAGCCGUUGUUGCCGGAGUCGUGCCGUAUACGGGAUCUCGAGGUUCGGAUGGAAGGGGAUCCGGUUGAGAAGGUGGUGUUGUUUGCGGCGUGGGAUGGGGUGGAGGGAACGGUUUGUAUGGGAGAGUAUAAUGUUCAUGAGCAGUGUUGGGUGUAG